AUGUCAUGUAGAAUUUGCAAAAAACGGCAUCAUUCCUUGUUACAUCUCAACAGAGAUGCCAACACAGGAAAGGAUAGCCAAGUUCAAGACACUGCAACUAAGUCUGCUGUCGAUAGUAAUUCAACUAACGAUAGUCAGAUUGUUGCAUGUUUGUCUACUGGCAAAAUAGCUAAGCCAAGCCAAGUUUUGUUAGCUACUGCGCUAAUCAAAGCAGAGUCCAAGACGGGUCAGUUUAUGACCGUCCGAGCCCUACUUGAUCAGGGGUCUCAGGCUUGUUUUAUUACUGAGGCCACGGUGCAAUUGCUAAGACUGAAAAAGAGUCUUGUAAGUGGUGUUAUUACUGGUCUAGGAAACAAUAGUUCAACCGCAGCAAAAUAUAUGGUCACUCUGACAAUUAAAUCUAAGAUAGAUGACAAUUUCCAAUUGAAAAUAAACGCCUACGUUUUAACUAAGAUCACUUCAUACUUACCAGAAAAGAGUAUGAAUAUAAGCUCAUUUGACUGGAUUGAUAGCUAUGGCUUAUCUCUCGCAGAUCCAAAUUUCAAUACUCCCAACAGAAUUGAUAUUCUUUUGGGAGCGGAUGCCUACGCUUCCAUUAUUAAGGAAGGCAUCGUGAGAAGUCCAACUGGUACACUCAUCGCUCAGAAUACUGCUCUAGGGUGGAUCCUUUCUGGGUUAGUAGCCAGUUCAAAUGAUAAAGAAAUGCAGCAUCUUCCUAAAAAUAUAAGUGUCAAUUGUGCACAAUUUAACGAGGACAAUCUUCUAAGAAAAUCUUGGGAGAUCGAAGAGCAAACAAGUUCAAAAAGAAUAUUAAAUCCUGAGGAGCAAAGGUGUGAAGAGCUGUAUACCAAAACUACAGUAAGAGAUGAUACAGGGAGAUAUAUAGUACGCUUACCAUUUCGCAAUGAUGAUCCUGCUUGCAAGGGUUCGCGUUACAUUGCUGAAAUGAGACUCAAGUCAUUAGAAAAAAGGUUAAGUAAAGACACAUGCUUAAAGGACAAAUACAUAGGAGUAAUAAACGAGUACUUACAGUUAGGACAUCUUCGACCUGUAAAAGAAGGCGAUGAUAAAAAAGAUCAAGCGGUAUACUUACCACACCACGCCGUAGUAAGAGAUGGUGGAAAAUGGAAAAGCAAGAAUCAGGAAAUUAUGAAAAUAAUAGAUCAAAUGAAGGAAACGAAAAGAGAAGUAGAACAAACAGAUCCUAUAAGAGAAAGGAAUAAGGAUUUAGAGAUCAAAUUAGAUAGUACAAUUAAAAUAAUACCUGGACUUACCUUGAACCGGAACGAUGAUAGCUUCCAAUACACGAUGAAUCUUGCUCCGCUGACGACCGCACCUGUAACAAAAAGAAAAGUUAUAUCUGACAUAGCCAGAUUGUUCUACCCUCUAGGCUGGAGUAAGCUGGGAUGA